CCACAAACGAGUUAUAGAUCCCUAUUCGAAGCCAGCUCUUGUAAAACGCAGAAAAUAGAAAAGAAUUUUAAUUUUAAAAUUAAUUCCAUAAUAAAUUGCAAUGCAAUUCUAUUGGUGGUGAAAACUGGAUACGAAAAGUGUGUAAAUUGAAAUCAAUUGAAGAAAUUUGCAAAAGAAUUUGAUUUUUUUCAAACAGCAAGCAAUUUUAACCAAAAAAAGUUACUUGGAGAAAGAAAGAAAAAAUUGUGUGUGUGCCCCAGAAAGAAAAAAUCGAAAAGAAAGAGAAAAGAAAAAAAGUAGCAAGCAAGCAGAAAAAGAAAGAUUCGAAAAUUAAUAAAAUUUGCAAGAAAAUAAAAGAAAGAAAGAAAAAAGUAGGAAAUUUUUAGCAACAAAUUUGUUGGAAAAAAUUUGCUUUUCAAUCAAAAAAAUUAAAAGAAAAAAUAAUUGCAGUGCAAAAUUGUGUGAAUAUUUUCUCCCCCUCACCUCACUACUUUGAAUUAUACACACCAGCAGCCACCAGCAAGCAGGCAAGCCAGCCAACGAGCAGCAGCAGCACCUAAAUAGAGAGAGUGGUGGAUUGUGAGGCAGGACCGACGAGACACGGAAAAUGAGUAGAAUAUGAAAAAAAUCGAUUUUCCUGAUGUCUCAUAACGAAGAAAAUAGCAAGAAAUAAAAGUGACGAAAUAAAAAAAAAAAAUUCUAUGCAAUUAAUCAUUUUCUUCACCACUGAUUUUUGUAGAUAUUCGUCCGUUCGUUUGUUCGCUCGGCAAGCAAAUAAAUACCCAUAUAUAAAUGCAAACGCAUAAAACAGUAAUUCAGCAAAAUAUUGCCAGAUAACUAAUAAUUCCCCCACACAUUGCCUGAUCUCAUACAUACAUACGUACAUAUGCAGGGAAUCAGCAGCAAGUAGUACGAGGGAAUCACAAACGCCAAUCAAUUCUAAUCCUAAAUUUUUUUGUAGACAUUUCAAGACAAACUAAAUCAAGCAAACAAACGCCUGUUCCCAAUUCUUACAGAUAUCGCAAGUUGUCAAUUGUCUGCAUUCAACAAUCAAACACACAAAUGAUCCGGUUGGGGUCCACAACAAAAGAUUGCUAAUGAUUUGAAUUUGGCUCUGACGACAACACAACACAACACCAAGAAAGCCGAUAGAGCAUUAUUGUUUGAGGUGAUAAAAAAGCAAACGAAGCUAACUAAUAAAAUAAACAAGAAAAACAAAAGGCCAAGAAAUAUAGUCAUCAUCUCAUUGGCCACAUCUUCAAAGGAGAGAGAGAGUGAGAGAGAGAGCAAGGAAACCGAAAUAAAUUUCCAAUUGAUUGCUGUUGUCGUCGUCAUCUCUGUCACGAGGAGGAGGAAACAAAACCGUUCACUACCAAAGUAAAUUCUCAGAGCAAGUGGCAGUAGCUCUUCUUGUCAUCAAUUCCAUCCAACUCUCCAUCGUCAUCAUCAUCGUCAGCAACAACAAUAAAAAAACACCUGCUCGUUUCAUUUGGUGCUAAUUUAUGCUCUAUGAAUGUUCUUCAAUGAGUACCAAGAGGAAAUAGAGAAAGUUACACAAAGAGAUAGAGAGAGAGAGAGUAAAUGCAACAUACUGAGAAUUAAUUGCCUAGGUGAAGGAGAGGAGUUAGUUUGAACAACGUGCCAUCAAAUCCAUCAAAUUUAAUUGAAACGAAGACAGAAAAAGUCAAGUGAAAAAAACCAUGGAAGCUUAGCAAACGCAGCGAAUUAUCAACAACAACAACAAUCAGCAGCACUAGCAACAAUAAUAAAAACAACACGGAACGGAUCGAGCGAGCAACCGAUCGAUCGACAACCGAACAUUCAGCCAGCCAGUCAGUCAGUCAGCCAAACAAUCAACCCAACCAUCAUUUCAAACAAAAUCUAACACGCACCAACGACGCAACAGCAGCAACAACAACAAAUACAUGUAAUCAAAUGCAAUCCCUCCAUUAAAUGCACUACUACAACAGCAACAGUAACAACAACAACUACUACUACUACUUCACAACAGUAAACCUACAACUACAACAAUUCAUCAUUGCAAUAAUAAACAACAGCAGCAACAACAAAAACAACAACACCAGCAAAGAGAGAGAUUUUGCAAGCAAAUAAAAAAAAUAAUUUACAUGAGGAGAUACUUUUGAAAAAAUCAACAACACAACAAAGUAGCGGCAGCAAGCGGAUCACAAUUACGACCACUAGCGACAGCAGCAGCAGCAACAAGUUAAUAAACAGCGGGCGGCUUUAACGCCACCAAACAACACCUAAACACAAUUAAAAGUUGAUUAGUGGCGGUAGCAGCAGCACAAAAACACACAUAAACAAAAAGAACAACAACAAACAAACAAUAAUAACAAAAACAACAACAACAGAAGAAAACACAGAGAAAAAAUGUCAUCGGGAACAUUUGUUGAUCGAAUCGAUCCAUUCGCCAAACGUUCACUAAAAAAGAAAAGUAAAAAGAGUCAAGGUUCCUCGCGCUAUAGAAAUUCACAGGAUGUGGAACUACAACAAUUGCCGGCAUUGAAGGCCGAUUGUUCUAGUUUGGAGCAAGAAGAAUUAUUCAUUCGCAAAUUGCGCCAGUGUUGCGUUUCAUUUGAUUUUAUGGAUCCUGUGACAGAUUUGAAGGGCAAGGAAAUCAAACGAGCCGCCCUCAAUGAUUUAUCCACCUAUAUAACACACGGUCGAGGCGUACUUACAGAGGCGGUGUAUCCUGAAAUUAUUCGUAUGAUUUCAUGCAAUUUGUUUCGUACAUUGCCACCAAGUGAAAAUCCAGAUUUUGAUCCCGAAGAAGAUGAUCCCACUUUGGAGGCAUCUUGGCCGCACCUACAAUUGGUUUAUGAGGUAUUCUUGCGGUUUCUCGAAUCGCAAGAUUUCCAGGCUACCAUAGGCAAACGUGUUAUUGAUCAAAAGUUUGUUUUACAACUUUUGGAACUUUUCGAUUCGGAAGAUCCACGUGAACGUGAUUUUUUGAAAACGGUUUUGCAUCGUAUUUAUGGCAAAUUUUUAGGUUUACGAGCAUUUAUAAGAAAGCAAAUCAAUAAUAUAUUUUUGCGUUUUAUCUAUGAAACGGAGCAUUUUAAUGGUGUCGGUGAAUUACUGGAAAUUCUGGGAAGCAUUAUCAAUGGUUUCGCUCUACCGCUUAAAGCCGAACAUAAACAGUUCUUAGUUAAGGUCUUGCUUCCUUUGCACAAAGUGAAAUGUCUAUCGCUGUAUCAUGCUCAGUUGGCCUAUUGUAUUGUACAAUUUCUCGAAAAGGAUCCAUUUUUAACGGAGCCCGUUGUACGAGGCCUUUUGAAAUUUUGGCCAAAGACCUGUUCGCAAAAGGAAGUGAUGUUUUUGGGCGAAAUUGAGGAAAUACUCGAUGUGAUUGAUCCACCUCAGUUUGUCAAAAUUCAAGAACCACUAUUUCGUCAAAUCGCCAAAUGUGUAUCGAGUCCUCAUUUUCAGGUUGCCGAGCGUGCUCUUUAUCUGUGGAACAAUGAAUAUGCUAUGUCCCUAAUUGAAGAAAACAAUGCCGUCAUAAUGCCCAUCAUGUUCCCGGCAUUGUAUCGCAUUAGCAAAGAACACUGGAAUCAAACAAUUGUGGCAUUAGUCUAUAAUGUAUUAAAGACUUUUAUGGAAAUGAAUUCGAAAUUAUUCGAUGAACUUACCUCCAGUUACAAAUCGGAGAGGCAAAAAGAGAAGAAACGCGAACGAGAUCGUGAGGAACUCUGGAAGAAACUACACGAAUUGGAGCUCAAUCGUACAAAGAGCUUACAGGCAGCAAAUCCAACAACAAAUGCUAGUGGUGCCUCAACAACAGCCGGUGGUGGUGGCGGUAGCAAUGCCAACAGUCAACAGCAGCAGAACACAAAUUCGCAACAAUCGAAUAGUAGCAGUGCCGCCGCCGCAGCAGCAGCCGCCAAUGCCCUGGGAGCUUCGGGCGAUAAUAAAUCAGCGUCAAGCGGUGGCAGCGGUUCGGCGCAAGCUGCUGGCGUUAAUCCCUUUGCCAAAAUCAAAGCGGAAAAGGUUGAGAACUAAAGAAGUAGAAGAAGAAGACGCUUCAUCAUUGUGUUGUUGAGGAUGACUCAAGUGCAGCAGAACACCACAACAAAAGCAAAAAAUAAGAAAACAACAACAGCAACAACAGUAACGAGUAUAAGAACAUUUUACGGCAAAAAUAUAAAACAACAACAACAACACGAUCACAUCAGGAAAUAUUCAAAUAAAUCGUAUUAAUUCAAAACUGUUAUAAGCCUAUUAGGUAACAAAAAAAAAAAAACAAAACAAAAAACAAAAACAAGAAAAACAAAACAUCAUUAAAUAGAGCGUAGAGCGCCUGUUACAGAGAAACCUAAAGAGAAAAAAAUCUAUCUAUUAUAUAUAUUGAAAAAAAAAAAUAAGAAAAGAAAAUUAAAGUAAAAUAUAAAAAUAAAAUUAAAAUUAAAUCUUAAGAAACGAGCUAUACAACAACAACAACAAGAAGAAACAACCAACCAACACACAUACACCCCCUUUACAAAAAUUCAAAGAGGAUUAAGUGUAGCCUGCCUAAUUUUUAAGCAAAUAUGGAAUGAAAUGGUUAUUGAAAGCAAGCUGAGCUGGGAAAAGGCAAAAGGGAAGAGAAGAGGAACGAAGUAGCCAGCAGCAGCAGCUGAAGAAAAAAGGUGGGCCGUCGUCGUCGUGUAAGCAACUUCUAAUAUGAUUUAACUUAUGCCUAUUUAAUUAUUAAUUAAACAAAAAAAACAAACAAAUAAAAAUGAACAUAAUGAAACAAAACAAAAAAACCUACAAAUAAACUCAUUUACAUUUACAAAUAAAAAAACAAAACAAAAAAGAAAAUGGAAAGAAAUUGAAAAGUAAUUUUUAGAAAAGUAAAACACACCUAUAUAUUAUACAGAGAAACAACAACAUCCCCGGAAAUGAAAUGUUACAAAGCAGCAAGGAUAGAUAAGAGAAGGAACCAACAACCACACCAAUCAAUAACAACAAACAACAACAUCAACAUGUAGACAAGGCCAAAAACCAAACUUUCCCCCCCAUCGGACCCCUCGUUAAAUAAAAAAUAAAAUAAAACAAAAAAGAAAUAUAACUCAAGUCUGGAGUCUAACCGCAGAUUUGAUUGAGAUACAGCUUUUGCUACAGUAAAAAAAUAAACAUUAACAAUAUAAUAAUAACAAUUAUUAUUAUAAAUAUAAUUAUUAUUAUUUUAUAUAAUACAAAAAAAAAAAAAAAAACAAAAAAGAAAUAAAUUCGAAAUUGGAAAACAGAACAUUAAAAAAAAUGAAAGUAAAUAAGCUAUUUAAAAAAAGCUGAAUAAUUAAAAGAAAAAAAAAAAAAGAAAAAAAAAUGGAAAUUCUAAAAUUGUUGUAUAAGUGCAGUAUAAUAAUAAUAAAUAGUAAAAAACAGAACAACUACAAUAAUAAUAGAAAAAGAGAAAACAAAACCACAAAAUGAUGUAAUGAAGAAUUAUAUGAUUGAGAUAUGAUUGAUGAUACUAAAUGGACAGAUUGUGUGUUAGCAGACAUGGUCUAGACUUUAGAACAUAACCUAUAAAACAAUACAAAAAAAUCCAACAAACAAGAUAAAUAAAAAAUAAUAAUAAUUAUUAUAUAUAUAAAAAUAGCACUUAAAAUAAACAAAAACAAAAAACCCAGGAAUGGAAAAGAAAGAUGAAGCGAAAGAAAAUAAAAAUAUAAACAGAAAAAAAAAACAAUAAAAGAGAUAAAAA